GGGCUCAGUCUGCACCACACGCACAAGUCUCACCUUCAUUGCUGAGGGCAGUCAAACCGGAGCCUUAUCCUCACACUUCGCCCCCAUAACACUUCUCUGUGUUCAGGCUUCACUUUGUCCCCGGACUUCAGACAACAGAUAUAUAUAUAUAUAUACACACACACACUGUUCUACUCACACACACCCACACACACAUAAACUUGAUUUUCUCAGGCAAUCGUUCAGAGGGGUGUUUUUUUUUCCUUUGCAUUUUCACUUAAAUCUGCAUUUUAAUCUCCUCCCGUCUUAUCUGUUCCUUAAAACAAGUGUGGAAUUUUAAACGAGAAAAUCCGGCUGGACUACACAGCAAUCCAAGUUUGCCGCGACAAAAUGACUACUUCAAGGACAAUGCUGACUGUUUCCUGGGCAGUGGCAUCGCUGUUGCUGUUAGCAAUGAACCCCAGAGCUCAGAAGCUACCAACAAGAGACGAGGAACUCUUUCAGAUGCAACUUCGAGACAAGUCUCUCUUCCAUGAUUCAUCUGUUAUCCCAGAUGGAGCAGAGAUCAGUGGCUAUCUUUUUAGGGACACACCUAAAAGAUAUUAUUUUGUGGUUGAAGAGGACAAUACUCCCUUAUUAAUUACCAUUACACCAUGUGACGCCCCCUUGGAAUGGAAACUAAGUCUUCAAGAACUGCCGGAAGAGUCAAGUGGAGAAGGUUCUGGAGAACCAGAGCCACUUGAUCAGCAGAGGCAAAAACAGCAGGUACUGAAUGAACUAGGAACUGAUCUGUACUCUUACAAAGGCAAUGAUGUUGAAUCCUUUGCAGCAUCCAACUCACCAUCCGGUUUGUACCGUUUGGAGCUGAUUUCAACAGAGAAAGAUACAAAUUUCAAAGUAUAUGCAACAACUACUCCUGAAUCAGAUCAACCUUAUCCUGAGCUUCCGUAUGAUCCACGGGUAGAUGUGACUUCGCUUGGACGUACAACUGUCACCUUGGCUUGGAAACCCAGUCCUACCCUCACACAACUGAGGCAGCCCAUCGAGUACUGUGUGAUCAUCAAUAAAGAGCAUAACUUCAAAAGUCUUUGUGCAGUGGAAACAAAAUUAAAUGUUGACGACGCCUUUAUGACAGCUCCUAAGCCUGGACUAGACUUCAGCCCCUUUGACUUUGCUCAUUUUGGUUUUGCUUCGGACAGUGACUAUGGCAGAGAGCGAUCGAACAUGGCCAAACCAGUCACAACACGGAUGUCUCGGCAAAUGUCUAGAGGAAGAAAGGUGGACCUUCAGCAGAUCUGCAUUGGAAACAAAAACAUUUUCACUGUGUCAGACCUGAAGCCAGAUACUCAGUACUAUUUUGACAUUUUUGCGGUUAACGCCAUCUCGAAUAUGAGCACUGCCUAUGUGGGGACCUUUGCUAAAACCAAGGAGGAGACUAAGCAGAAGACAAUGGAGCUGAAAGAUGGGAAAGUGACUGAUGUGUUUGUUAAAAGAAAGGGUGCCAAGUUCCUGAGGUUCGCUCCUGUCUCCUCUCACCAGAAAGUGAUGCUCUAUGUGCACUCAUGUUUGGACACUGUCCAAAUCCAGGUCAGAAGAGAUGGAAAGCUGCUGCUUUCACAGAAUGUUGAAGGUGUCCGCCACUUCCAGCUGAGGGGAAAACCUAAAGCCAAGUAUUUGAUCAGGCUCAGAGGGAGCAAGAAAGGUGCAUCCAUGCUCAAGAUCCUGGCUAGCACCAGGGCAAACAAGCAACCAUUCCCUUCAGUACCUGAAGACAUGCGCAUUAAAGUCUUUGACAAACUCCGUACUUGCUCUUCGGUGACUGUGGCGUGGCUGGGCACACAGGAGAGGAACAAGUUCUGCGUUUAUAAAAAACUUGUGGAAAACAAUUACAGCGAGGAACAGAAGAGAAGAGAGCAGAACCAAUGUAUUGGACCCGACACCAGAAAGAAAUCUGAGAAGGUUGUCUGCAAAUACUUCCACAGUCAGAUCCUACAGAAAGCAGUGACUACAGAGACAAUCAGAGGACUACAGCCUGGCAAAUCGUACCUUCUGGAUGUUUAUGUCAUAGGACAUGGAGGACACUCUGUCAAGUAUCAGAGUAAACUGGUAAAAACAAGGAGGUCUUGUUAGUGACUCCAUGUAUAGACUCAAAACUUUAUUGAACUAUGAACAUUAUUUCACUAGAUGAAAAUAUACAGACUGACUACUUAUACAGCUGAGACGUUGCAACAUGUAUUUGUACUAUUUAGAAAGAUAUCUACUUGUAUAUUUAUGUUUACAUAAUUCAAUGGUUAUUUGAAGAGACUGAGCCUGAUGUACCCAGUUAGCAUCUGGCCCUUGCAGUUGCAUGUUCAUAAGUCAUUUGCCACAUCUGACAUUGAAUAAGAUUGGUUUACAGUGACUGGAGAAGAUUCAAGUGCUGUCACCUUUUGGAUUUCUACACUGCAUGAACUGCAUCUAAAUUAUUUCAUCAUUCAAAAUUGCUGAAGCAAGCCGCUUUAUCUAGCUGCCCUGUUAAUCGUACAUGCAAUAUAGAUCAUAGGAAAUCUGUAAAUUAUUUUAUAAGAAUAAAGUUCAGUCUUAAAUGUCUAUGUUUUUAUGAUUGUAAACUUUAAGAAUCAUCCCAUUAAAAUACAAUUCUAAC